AAUCCCGGAUAUACAGGUCUGUACAAUUUGGGAAACACCUGUUUCAUGAAUGCUGCACUCCAGGCACUCUUCAACACUGCUCCGUUACGAAGAAUGUUCACGAAAGAUAAUUUCCUCAAAUAUAUCAACAGGCUUGUUUUCGUCUGUUUUCGUUUCGCGCCGCAACUUAGCAAAUUCCAUUACAGGUCCAGUCGUCUGGGCACACUUGGUGUUAUUUCGGCAGCCUAUACAGCUUUGGUGGAUGCUGUUUGGAGUGGAUUGUUCGGCGUCCUACGUCCACAACAAUUUCUUGAGACGUUCCAAGCAGAGGUUAACGCUCUGUUGGUUGAUGGUCGCCAGCAUGAUGCACAAGAAUUCCAGAUAUUUUUGCUUAAUGCAUUGCAUGAAGACACGAAUCGGGUGGUGGAACCGGCUAACUUCGAACAGAAUUAUACAGGUGCAAAUCUGAACGCUGAAGCAGCUGAUUUCAGUGAGAAAAUGCGAAGAUUUAGCAGCUCACCGGUCAAUGAUAUUUUCAGUAAUCCCGGAUAUACAGGCCUGUACAAUUUGGGAAACACCUGUUUCAUGAAUGCUGCACUCCAGGCACUCUUCAACACUGCUCCGUUACGAAGAAUUCGUUUGGGCACACUUGGUGUUAUUUCGGCAGCCUAUACAGCUUUGGUGGAUGCUGUUUGGAGUGGAUUGUUCGGCGUCCUACGUCCACAACAAUUUCUUGAGACGUUCCAAGCGGAGGUUAACGCUCUAUUGGUUGAUGGUCGUCAACAUGAUGCACAAGAAUUCCAGAUAUUUUUGCUUAAUGCAUUGCAUGAAGACACGAACCGGUGUCAUACUCUGACGACUUUACAAUGCAACAAGUGCCGGAGACAAAGCGUUACGUUCGAAGAGCUGACGCAACUCUCGGUUGACGUACCAGAUCGGUAUUCAUCAACAUGUCAUACUCUGACGACUUUGCAAUGCAACAAGUGCCGGAGGCAAAGCGUUACGUUCGAAGAGUUGACGCAACUCUCGGUUGACGUACCAGAUCGGUAUUCAUCAACAGUUGAGGAAUGUAUUCGGAAUUAUUUUCGGGAUGAGGAACUUGAUGGUUCAUGUAAAUGGCGUUGCUCGAGCUGUGAAACACUACAAACUGCAACACGUCGAACUUUUCUGUGGAAGCUACCUCAGAUCCUGGUGAUACAUUUGAAGCGUUUUUCUUUUGUGGAAGAUAAAUGUCAAAAAAAUGAUUCGCACGUCAAAUUCAGUACGAUUCCGUUACAACUACAGAACGCGCAACUAAUGGACGCAUAUUAUAGCCUCUACGCUGUUGUU